AUGGAGUCCUCCGGCUCGGCUGCAGAAUCGACAGUGUCAUUGUUGAGAGCGAUUGACGGCAGUCACCUUGGAUGGUCAGACUUUCGAACAAGCGUCCUCAGCGCCUUCCGAAUCGUGUUCAACGACAGCAUGCAACUGGCGGAAAUAUCGGGCCCAUUUGCCGAUAGAUUACAGCCAUGUUUGCAGAAUCUGUCUCGGUUUUCCGCCCAGGAGAGAGAAUGGCGAAACCAACUGGCAACGGGAAAAGGCUUCAGUUCUACGUUGAUCUUUCCGCCGAAUGCCCUACCUCCUAUCAGCGAAAGCCGACUUUUGCAUCGAUGCCUAGCUCCGAAGUUGAAUCGAGAAGCUCUUCCCCCACGCGCAGUCAAAGCCCAAGAGAGCAUAUUUGAGCUACCUGCUCCUCGCCCAAGUCUCAUAACUGGCUUCAAGACCUCUGCAUUCAGCGAGAACGAACUGACGAUCCUUCCAAACUGCACUUCGGCAGCGGGCACCAUCGUGGACUUUGCAACCGGCACUGUCUCUCCUGGGACUACUACCUACAGCCCAUUUCUUGUUUUUGAGCGGAUGUCAGCUGCGUCAGGUGACGCUGUUCAAUCUGCCAAAAAUCAUUGUGCAGUUGCUGGUGCUCACUGCGUCCGUGCAAUGCAACUCCUCUUCAGACGCUGCAGUGCUCCAAACCCUGUGCUCGAGAAGCCUAUAUCAUUCUCCUGUGCCAUCGAUAAUUCCACGGCGAUCGUAAACUACCACCAUAUCGACGCAGAUGGACGUUAUUGCAUGUCUGAGAUCUCCCGGUUCGACCUUGACGACACCAAAUCAUUCAAGGAGUUUCAGGGCUGGAUCGAAGCAAUUGAACAGUGGGGAUCCAUGUAUCUGCUCCCAGCCCUCAAAAUUUCUCUUGGCCAAAUGCUCAGGUUCAACGAUACACCCCCCAUUUCGCCCAUGCCGUCUUUAACCCUGUCCAUCGACACAGCUGCAGGAAGCGAAGACGUGUUAUUGAAGAUCCUUCGUACUACUUUCAGUUCCAUUAAAUGGAGAUCCGAGGGUGAGUACGAUACGCCAUUGAACAGCAGCAUCGCCCACUGCGGCACACCGGUGGGAGCCCGCAAAAUCAGGACUAUGGCUUUGUCACCCACCUCGCCGGCUGAUAGAGCGAGCGCAGCAUCGCCGGCUGGCCCAAACACCCCAUUCCGCAUGUGGCGAAUGAAGCCCGACUGGGGUAUCAGGUCUCCAGUGGGGCGCAAACAUCCCCUGUCGCCAUUGAAACUACGAUCCGACAUGCCCGAGUCACCCUGCCGUCCUGCUACGCUCUCACCCUGCACGCCGCCUCCAGAUGCCCCAACAUCUGCCAAAUCACCAAUGCUCGUGCUGCAGAAGCGAAUGGGCGUGGCCAUGGACGAGAUCCAGGAGCUGAGAGCUAUGGUACAGGCUUUGCAGACGGAGCUACAACUGAGAAAUAGCUGCCCAGAAGCAGACAAGAAAGAACCGGGUCUGCACUCUUGCGGAAAACUGGAAGAUUAUCCCAUCCAUCCAUCCCUUUUCAGCCAGGCGGCUGUUCUCUUCACCAAAGCAGCUGCAGUGGCCAGUGGCGCGCUCUUUUUAUUCUCACGAUCGUCCUUUCCAGCCCUCCUAGUUGGCUCUGUCAUAUUUCUUACCAUAUGUAUCGUCGAUGGGCAUGACCAUUUGGAAUCAAUGUUCUGCCUUGCCAUAGUGUUUGUGACUACGCUCAAUGGUUAG